AUGGAAAGCGAGAAUGAAAUGUUUUGGACUUCCUCCGAAAACUUUGAAGACGUUUUAAUCGAACCUGAUAUUUCAGCAGAUAUUGAAUCUUCUCUUCAAGAAAAUCAAAAGUUAUAUCAACAAAUUUACUCAAAUGAAAUCAUUUCGGAUUUUCCAUUGGAACUUCCAACAGAGGAUUUUUAUCAGUUGUCAGAGUCCUAUCCUUCUUUCGAUGCGUCUACUGCAGUACAAUUACCAUUUGAUUCCUAUACUACCCUUGCUACAGAUUCAAUUUUGGCGUCACAAAAUUAUCUUUAUACACAACCAAACUUGCAUUAUUUCUUUAGUACACAAUUUAAUGACCAAAAUUCUGAAUUUGCAAUUCCUUCAAAUUCACACCACAUAAACCUCUUUGACUCUUCUAAUUCAUUGUCAUUCUCUCAACCAAAUUUUCUUGAUCUAUCACUGGACCCUCAUCCUUCUUGUCGAGAAUCAAAUAAUAACAAUGAUAAAUCUACAAUUUAUGAAUCUAAACAAGCGAGAAGAAAGCGCCAAAAUAAAGUCGCUGCACAAAAAUCUCGAGUUAAAGCAAAAAGGUUAUUAAUCGUUUUGCAGGAGGAAAAUGAAAGUUUGAAGAAAGAGUAUGAAGAGAAAUUGGAGGAAAUUAAUAGAUUGAGUUUAAUAUUAAAUAGAUUAAAGGUAGAGGGAAGAGGUAGAAUGGAAAGAUUAACAUCAUUAUCAAAAAAAGCUUUGCAAUUAGGAGAAAAUUUAUGUUCUAAAGCUGAUAAUUUGGUAAAAGAAUGUAAAGUUGACGUUGAAAAUAUUGAAAAAAUUUGUCCAAAGUUAAAAUUUCUUUGGGGGGAAUUAGAAGUUCAAAUUCAGUCAGUCGAAAAAUUGAAAUGUUUUGCAGAAAAUCAAAAUGGAACAUUACAAUUAUUUUACUCGAAUAAGGAACAAGAAUUAACAAUUUUAAGUAAUGAAUUGGAUAGUACAUUACAAAAUUUACACAGUAAGAAUGUCGAUUCAUCGAUAAGAGAGAAUGCGAUUGCAUUGGAAAAAUCAACACGAGAUAAUACGCCACCAGGAAUAGGUGAUUUAUGCGGAGGAGAAAAAGGACUAGAAUUCGAUCUCAUUGAAAAGGAAGAGAAUAGAAUUGAGGAAAAGGCUGUUUUAUUUGAUUAUGUCGAAGAACAUAGUAUACAAGAAUUAAAAGAUAAGACUCAAGAAGAAGUUUCAGCUAUUUUGCAUUAUCUCAGUAAUAGUUCGACAUUGAUUGAACAAAUAAAGAAUCAUCUUUUACAACUUAGUGAAAUGCUUGAGAAUCAUACUAUCUCAUUUGAAGAAUCUGUUUCAGAAUUUGCUCGUGAUAAAUGUAAUGUAUUAGAUCAAGAAACUCACUCUAUGGCAGAUACUUUAGUUUCGUUAACGAGACAUUAUGGUCAAGUAGUAGCUGCUUUAAAAGCAUGUCGUUCGAAUGCUGAAGUUGGAUCUAAAUUAGAUAUUUCUGUUUUACAGGGAGAUACAGAUUUAAUACCAACUAUAAUCGAGGAACUACAAGAAAGUCUUCAAAAAAUUGAAUCUACAAGUGAGGAGGUUCGUAUUCGAAAUCAAAUUUAUCAAGUAUCUUAUGAUGAGGCCGUCAAACUGUUUAUGGAAUUGGAAAAUUUUGGGAUUUUGAUGGAAAAUUUUGCAAGUACGAUGAAAGUACUUGAAGUUGAUUUUGAGAAAAGUUCUGCUACUGUAGAUCGUUACUUGGAAGAAUUACGCAAUUUAAAUUUAUGGUACGAAGAAUUCUCUAGAUCAUAUGAUUCUAUGAUUAUAGAGAUUGAUAGAAGAAAUAGGGUCAAAGAACAACACGAAAGAAUUGCUGAAGAAUUUUUAAUAAAAUUAGACGGAUUAUAUACUG